AUGUUACGAUUGCAGGUGCUGGAGCUUAAGGGCAAUAUUCGCGUCCUUUGUCGCGUGCGCCCGUUGCUGGAGAAGGAGCGUACGGCAGGUGGCGAGGGCCACAUGCCGGUGAAGGUGACUAGUGAAGAGGCGCUGCGGGUGGCCGCAAUGGACAACAAGGCAGAAAAGGACUUCGAGUUCGAUCGAGUACUUGCGCCCGACGAGGGGCAAGACAAGCUGUACGACGAGGUGUCGGCACUCAUCACUUCCGUCCUGGAUGGCUUCAACGUGGCGAUCAUGGCAUACGGUCAAACAGGGUCUGGAAAGACCUUCACUAUGGAGGGACCCGAGGGCAACCCUGGUGUCAACUUGCGUGCUUUGGCGGACUUGUUCAAGCUGGCGGAGGAGCGCUCGGCGCAGUUUACGACCUCGUUUACUGCUUCCGUGCUGGAAAUCUAUAACGAGCAGAUCUACGAUCUUCUCGUAUCUGGUGCCCAGGACGGCGACAAGCUGGACGUGAAGCAGGGCCCUGACGGCAUGUAUGUAUCGGGAUUAAAGGUGGAGGAUGUCCACAAUAUGGGUGACGUCACCUCCAUGAUUGGCCGCGGGAAGUCGAACCGCUCCACGUUUGCCACUAAUAUGAAUGAGCAUAGCUCCCGCUCGCACCUGGUCCUGUCGGUCUACGUGACAUGCGUCUCCAAGAUGAACGGCUCGACGUUGCGCGGUAAAUUGCACCUCAUUGACCUGGCGGGAAGUGAGCGCCUCAGUCGGACAGGCGCACAGGGCGACCGGCUCAAGGAGGCGCAGGCCAUUAACAAGUCACUGAGCGCCCUGGGCGACGUGAUCCAAGCGUUGCAACAGCGGAACGCACAUAUCCCAUACCGCAACUCCAAACUCACCCGACUGCUGGAGGACUCUCUUGGCGGUAACAGUAAGUGCGUUAUGAUUGUAAACGUGUCCCCUGCGGUGGAGAACGUAUCGGAAACCAAGUGCUCGCUCGAGUUCGCAUCACGCGCUCGCAAAGUGGAGCUGGGCCGAGCACGGGCCAAUGUCACUUCUGGGGACUUCACCAGCGCCCUCAGCAGCUCCGCCUCAGCAAAUGGCGGCAGCGCCUCCGUAACGCCCAGCCCGGCUCCCAGCCGACCCAUGAGUGGCCGGGGGACGCCUGCUGGGGAAUCGUCCAUGAGCAGGGUAGCUUCACGUGAGACGAUGAACUCGCAAAUGCGGCGAUCCUCCGGACCCACGGGGAUCUUGCGGUGA